AUGGAGAGUCCUUACUAUGCACCGCCACACGUGGACACAUCUCGGCCGUCCUUAGGCUUCCCUCUCGGGACAGCCCUCCUCUUGAUCAUCAUUUUCAGUCUGAGUGGCAUCUUCUCAUGUUGCUACCACUGGGACAAGCUCCGGUCCCUCCGCCGAUCUUUCGCCGAUGGUACGGAUCCCGAGGCAGGUAGUGAUGAAGAGACCUCGAAGCUUGAAGCCACCCCCAUGGAUUUAAAACAAAUUAAAAACCAAAGCUUGCCAGUACUAAUGCCAGGAGAUCAGAUUCCAAAGUUCAUAGCAUUGCCAUGUCCAUGUAAGCCUCCAAGACCGGAAAAGGUCAUUGUACAGGUGCAGAAGCCGCCCAAGCCCCCAAGAAUAGCAGUGCCUUUGUAUUAG